CGGCACCGAAGCAGGAAGUCGCCCUGCAGCAGCUCCGGCGUGGAGGCUGCCCGACAUGCCUCUGCUGGUGGAGGGGCGGCGGCUCGACCCGGCUCGGCCUCUCCGGGAACUGCUGCGCGCCUUCCCGGAGCUGGAGGAGCAAGCCAAACAGUUCCGCAGCCAACCUGCUCAAGCGGUGGGACCAAAAGGACUCCUUUAUGUCCAGCAAAGAGAAUUUGCAGCCACCACGUCCAAAGAUGGUUCUGUUUCCAUUCUUGGUUCAGAUGAUGCCACGACGUGCCAUUUUGUGGUUCUGAGACAUACAGGGAGUGGAGCAAUUUGUCUAACUCACUGUGAUGGCUCAGAUACCGAAACAGAAGUCCUGCUGAUCGUAAAUUCAGUAAAAGUGCUUUCUCUAAGCACUGAAUGUGGAAGGCUGGAGUUGCACCUGGUCGGAGGGUUUUGUGACGAUAGGCGCUUGUCUCAGUGUCUUACCAGUCAACUGUUAAGAGCAUUUGAUCGCUUGUUAGAUAAUGUUUAUUUGAUGACAUUCUGUGUCACAGAACUAAAUGAUCGCCAAGAAAAUGGCAGGCAUUUGCCGUAUAUUUAUGGAAUUGCUGCGAAUGUUAAAACGGGUGAGAUUUUCCACGCCACGUUUCCAGACCGAGGACCAGAUGAAGACAUGCGGUCUGCCAGGGUCUUAGCAGGAGGAAAGAUGAUCAGCAUUUAUGACUCCAAGAAAGAACAGCUUUGCAUUGGGCCUUACUACUGGAUGCCUUUCCCACACGUGGAUUUCUGGUUGGAGCAGAGCAACCAGAGCAUCUUACAGAAUCUCUCCACAUCGCCUCUGGCCGAGCCACCCCAUUUUGUGUCACACAUCAGAGCUACCCUGCUUUACCUGAGAGAGCAUCCAUUCCCCAAUAAGACGGUCUUCCCUACUCAAAAACCUCGCCUCUACAAAAAAAAUGCGGAGGGCUUGUGGGAGAGAGUCGCUGGCCAGAUCUAACCCCAAGUGGAGAAGCCAGGAGCCCUCUGGAAGUGAAAGUCAAGAAAGGUAUCAAGAGACCGGCUAGAGACAUCAGGGGAAACCAGUGGGCUGCAUUUAGGGGAUGGUCUGACGUCCCUCAAACGCCCCGUGUUUCCCAAAACAGGCAGCCAAUUCAGUGCAAAAUUAGGCAUAACCUUUUCACAUUUCAUGGAGUUGGGUCCAAAGUUCUCAAGAACAUAAACAAGGGGUCUCAAGUGUUGUUUGCAAAGGAGGAGGUGGAAACCUAAUCCCAUCCCUGCUCCGUCAAGUUUUCUGGCUUCAGUCGUUUCUUCAAGAUCCAGCGUCUUACGCAAAGUCGCCAUUCUGCUUGCUUCAUCGGAGCUAUUGUUCUUGAUAUAAAAAAAAAAACAGACCAUCUGGAGAUGCCCAGGACCUUCCUGGGCACAGUCUCAUGUUGGAAUGAAGCCUUCCGGUCCUUGUUUUGGAGCAUGGCGUAGAAAUUUCAAGGUCAGAGCUGUUCCCAGUGAGGUUGGAAUGACCUGAUCCAACAUGAGGACCCUUCUGGUAGGGUUAGAACAACGGGUGGGUCUCCAAACUUGGCAACUUUAUAAGACUUGUGGACUUCAACUCCCAGCUAUGCUGGCUGGGGAAUUCUGGGAGUUGAAGCCCACAAGUCUUAAAGUUGCCAAGUUUGGAGAACUCUGGGGUAGAACAUCACCUUGACACCAGAUCUUUCGGUGAGGUCCUUCCGACCUAGAUGAUGUUGCUCUUCUCUGGAACUAUCUUCUGGGAGCUUUCAAGUGAAGCUAGGCCUUGCUUGGGCCCCAUGAGAAGAAACUUCUCCAAGCUAAUAAUAGAGGUUUGUGUUGAGUCUCCAAGCAACAGCUAAAGAAUGUUGUCCAUGGCAUUCUGGACUGAGGACCAAAUCUAUCCAAGCAAAUACGUUGGAUGGGGACUCGCCUACAUACCUAUCCUCUGAUGGGGACUUUGGACUCUUGUGCAGCUCAACAGGGGGCGAUUCUCCUCCAUUCCUUUUUAAAGAUGUGGUUUUCUACAACGAAUCUCCGUAACUAGUCACAAUUCCUGCAAGAAAUCCAGAUGCAAUUUUCACAGCAGACGUUUGUAUGGGCAAGAUUUGGUAUUUUGUUUCGGCUUUUUGUGUGUGUGUGUGUGUGUGUGUUUGUGCUGUUACUUUUCUCCACUUCAGCUUCCUGUUCCGUCCCAAAGAAAUUGGUAGAAUCUGGUCUGAAUCUCACCAUCGCUGUGUCUUUCAGCAACCGGAGGAGGUGGGAUUUUCGUUGAACCAGAUCCAUCAAACCACUGAAUGUAGCCAAAAUAAUAUGACGAUUAAAAGCAGUCACGGCUUAACACCGAAUCUGUCCAAAUUUCUAGACCUUGAUUUCAUUUGCAGGCCUGUCUUUAAACUUGUUCAAUUUUAAGAUACUUAAAGCCAAACAUAGUUUAUAUGAUACGUGAAUCUAACCAUUGCCAGAAAUAGUAACCUUCUGGAUUA